AUGAAGCGUGCGGAAAUGAAAGAGGAUUGGAUCCGAACCUAUCUGAUGGGUUUGGAGGGACAUACGAAGAUACAGUGGCCAGAGGGCCAGAUUCCUGAGGGCUGGUCGGAGUUUUUCGCGGCGCGGCAACUCGGUCACCAGGUCAGUGCCAACAGCAACAGCGGUAUGUGCCUGAGCGAGCUGUUGCACGAAGGGUUGACGGUGGCCAUGGCGGCGAAAAGGUUCGGGCUUUUGGGUGGGAGGGGAGGUAGAGAGGGUCAUGGUGGGGACCACGGACGCCAUCGACGGCCUUUUCGCUUGCACAUCCUGGGGGCGACGGAGACGCAGGAGAUCCAACGCUUGCCCCUGUCGAUGGGGGAGCUUGGGGCCUUGCUCUGUCCCUUCUAUUUUGAGGGUAAGCCUCCUCCUUUGCCCUCUGGGGCUGGCCGCAUCAAUUAUCGACAUGCCUCGUCUCGUCUUACCGUGGUGUCCCCCUCCUUCCUUCCCUCCCUUCCCCCCUCCUCCACCCCCAAAGGCUUGGAAGUGUCGGUCUUUGGGCCCCAGGUCAUGACCCCGACGGCGUUCCGGGUAUCCUUGGCGGAGGGCAAGGAGACAGCCAGGGACAUCACGGUGUGGAAGAGCAACCUCCUUUACCACGACUGGGUCCUAUCUCACGAGGGAAGCAAAGAGGCGCCACCGGACCUGGUGGUUGCGUUGAACAGCGGACUGCAUACUGGUGGGGAGAUAUGGAGAGGUGGGGGGGGCAGGAAGGUGGAAGGGAAGCGGCAGAAGAAGCACAGCGAAUGGUGGCGGCUGUCGUUGAGUCAACCCCCUCCCACGGCAAUGCCUCCUGUGCUCGAUAUCAUAAGCGACGAUCAUCACCACGUGGACGGCUCCAUGUGGCUACCCACCCUUACUUACCUGGUCGCGUCCGGGAUCCCAUUUCUGCUUACCAUGUACGACGCGGAGGAAGGGAGGAAGACCCUGGAGAUGCUGGAGUCGUUCGACGCGUGCGUUGCAUGGGGCCCCGACUUGAACCCCAUGCGGUCGCUGGUCUUGGAGGAAACGGAGGCACCGGCCUUGCAACGGUACGCCCGCCUGGUCGCGGAUGGGCGCAUGGACGCCGGGGCCGACGAGCCGGACGGCAACAGUAAUGUCCACGUCACGAUUCUUCCGACGAGCAGAGUCGCAGCUCGCGGCAUCUCUGGUCUUCAUUCUGCUGUUUUCCCUCCUAUUAUCCGCGGACUGCUUCCUUUUUCGGAGCAGUUUCCUGGGCCCCUGUACUGCCUCCACGAGCUCCCCCUGCGGUAAAGUGACUCUGCAAUGUAAGACCAUAUACAUGAUAUGCAAGAGCUACCAUGACAAUUGCAGUGAGGAUGGAAAAGGCGCCACUUGGGACGAAUCACCUUGUCCAUGCACGGAUUUAGGCGAAGGAUUGGGCAGCCCAGGGCCGUUGACCGAUUCUUGUACAGUGGGGGAUGUCAUCGUCCUCGUCCUCCCAUUCUCUCUCUCGCAUAGCUCCACGUUCCUCGCCCUCGCUGUUGUAGAUGGGCCUAAAGAGGCCUGCCUCCUGUGUCUGCGCGAUCCCGAAACACGGGAGUGGUACCGGGACAACCGUAGUGACGCAACUGUCUUGCGAGGAUUGACGAGGGAAAGUUUGCUUCAGGUGGUUGAAAACGCGUCCUACAGCCAGCGAAACAUUCCUUCCUUGGGAGGAGGAGUUGGGUACGGGGCAGACGCGGAGGACUGCUGGUUGAUUGAGGAGAAAGAUUUGCCGGGGGGGUUGGUUAAACCCCUAGAUGUCAAAGCGACAGCGCCGUGGGUGUUCGUGGGGUAGGGAGGAUAGAGGGGAAUACGACGCCCCCAAAAAAAUGAAGAAGGAUCAGGAGUGAACGGGAUGCACAAAAUGGAGGACAGGGUAAGGAGAGUAAAUUUCGUGUUGAAGUAAUCUGUACAUAGACCACA